AUGGCACCUCGCUACGGCGCUCUCGGCGCAACUUUCCAACUCGCGCGUAUUUUCCAAAUCUGUUCACUGAUAGCCAUCAUCGGCAUGACCGCCAAUUUCAUCGCCUCGAUAAUCAAUAACAAUGCCACUCCACCGAAUAUUCUCAUCGGAACUAUCAGCGUGACUUGCAUCGCCGUGAUAUACUGCAUCAUCACGGGUAUUCUCUACUUUGACGAUAUCCUCCCUUUCCUCCCCUGCGCCAUCAUCGACCUCUUCCUUCUGGUGGCACUCAUUGUGGUAGCAGUGAUCAUGGGAAAGCCCCUCUCCUAUCUACAAUGCUCGUCGCUGUCCUCACUGGGAUUCAAAGAUGCCACAAUCUACGCCUUUGCGUCCCGUCUGUCCAGCGUUGUGGCCAGUCUCAGUGGCAAGAUCGAUUUUGUUGCUUGGAUCGGAGCGUCCAAGACAAUUUGUUUGGAGACCAAGGCUAUUUGGGGACUGAGUAUUGCGCUGUGGUAA